CGUUAGGUACUUCCUGGAGUAGGUACCGGCAGCAGUUUGGCGAUUGGUGUUUGUAUUUGUAAAGUCAACAUCAGUACAAUUUGGUUUUCAUUUUUAGCAUACAUUAAUUAUACGUAGUGCACAAUCUACUCGAUUUUGAUGAAUUAGUAACUGCCUUAUACGUUUUUAAAUCUUUGACUUUUUCAAUAUGAGUGAGGCUUAUUUUGAUUUAAAAAGAAAACUCGAAGAACUUGGUUACAAUAGUACAUUACCGGUAGACGCAGUAUCUUUGGUAGAAUGUAUACUUGCCGAUUUACUCCAAACGACGCGCAGUUUACAGCAUUAUAUGGACCUCUCUAAAGAAGCUCUCUUGCAGCGAGAUUCCUUGAUGAUGGAAGCAGAACCUUAUAAGUGUGACAAUGUUAGACUUAUACAAGAGAAUAACCACCUACAUAGAGAGUUAAUGCAACUAAAAGAAGAAAACCUAAAAGUUACCAAAGACAGCCGGAGAAAAAUUAAGACUUUAACCGAUGAGGUCUCAAAAAAGGAAACAAUAAUUAGUAAACUACAACAUGAUAUACGGGACUUGAGUUUGAGAGGCUUGUGUGCAGAAACACAAAGCAGCCGAAAUAAGAGUAGAAGGAAGGAUGGAGGUGAUUGCCAAUCAUCGAAACUUUGUAUUUGUAAUGAAAAAAGUGAAUCUGUAGACAAAAAUAUUCUAGAACUCAACAAAGUAAUUCAGACAUUGCAAGAAAAUAACAGUCAGUAUAUUGAUGAUAUUGCAUUACUCAAAAGUCAAAUUGAAUAUAGAGACAGUGAAAUCAUUAGACUAAAUAUACUUUUAGAAGGAGGAAGACCUCUAGGAGCAUUAUGUAAAGACUUCUACUGUGAGAAACCAGAUGCAAAAAUACAAAAAGUAAUAAAACAAGUAAAAGAACUUGAAAAAGCAAAUGAAAACAUGAAAAAAGAAAUUGAGAACAGUCUAGAAAAGCAGCAUGAAGCUAUGCUCCGUGCUUUAGCUUUAUCUGAUAAGAAUAAAACUUUACAGGAGGAGUUGCAAAAAGUUGACAGAUUAGCUCUCAAAGUAGAAGAUGAUUGUAAUAAACGAUUGGCUUCUGCAAUGAAUGAAAUCAAUUUUUUGCAAACUAGAAUAGAGGGGUUGACUUUAAAGAAUUCAGAAUUGGAAAGAGAAUUAACACAUAGAUCUUAUAAAGAAAGCUACUCAGAAAUAAAAAAAUAUCAAGAAUCAUUAAGUCUUGCAUUAAAAGAGAAGGAUGUUUUACAAAGAGAAAUCAAAGAUUUACUUGAACUAAACAAAAGUUUACAGGAUAAAUUACUUUGUUUGUCUGAAGUCAAUAAAAAUUUCAAUACAAAAGUGAGAACUGAGACUGAAUUUCAUAAAGAUACUCCAAAUUGUGUUAUGAAAAAUGAAUUGAAGAGUCUUUUGGAAGAUGAAAGGAAAAAAUAUGAGACUUAUAUAAUGAAUAUUCAAGAUAACUUGACCGAAACUAUGAAACUUUUUAAAAGCAAUACUACUAGUAUGGAGAAGGGGAACCAUCUCAGUCCUAACAUGUCUUCUAACAAUGCUUUCAUUAGGGAUUUGCAUUCUAAAUUAUGUGAGAGUGAACAAAAGAUACUUAUGUUGAAAAAAGAAAAUGAUGAAUUAAAAGCUAAAAUGGACAUCCAACAGGACUUUAAUAGGCAUAAUUAUAAAGAUAUUGUAAGUCACCUUAAUAUAGAAAACACUGAAUUGUCAAAGGAAAAUAUUUUACUUAGUCAACGAUUGAGUCAAUAUAAAUCUUUGAACUCUAAUGAUAAGGAUAACUCCUAUAAACAAACAUCUGCAAGACUGACUGCGAAAAUUGAGGAUAUGACUAAAGAAAUACAGUUAUUAAAAAAAGACAAACAAAAAUAUAACUUACUGUAUAAAGAAGCAACAGAAUUAUCUGAUAAGUUAAAAAGAGAUUUAAUACAUAAACAAAAUGAAAUUGAACAUUUAGAUGAAGAAAAUCGUUCUUAUAAAAUGACUAACAGAACUGGAAAAGCUUCAGCGGAGCAACUUAAAGAAGAAUGUAACUUUCUAAAAGAACAAAUAAAAAGACUGCAAACAGAUUAUAUCAAUGAAAAAACAUUAGCUAACCAAAUAAAAAAUAUACAAUUAGAAACUGAACGAAAUAGUUCUGACGUACAACAUGAAUUCUUAUCAACUCAAAAAAAACUUAGUUUAUCUAUAGAUACCAUUCAAAGUUUGGAAAAGAAAUGUAAAGAUUUGCAAUCAGAAAUACUGAAACUCAAGAAUGAUAAGUUACAUUUAAUAGAUAAUAUAAAGGUAAUGGACAAAGAACGUGAUAAAUUAGUUAUUGAAUUAGACAACAAAACAGAAAAUAUUGGUGUUUUAGAACAUAAUAUACAAUCACAGUCAUAUGAUAUAAAGAAGCUAGAAAAUGAAAUUGCAGAUAUGAAAAGAAAACUUACUUUGAAUAAAGUUACUGAACACAAAGUAGUUGAUUAUGAAUCACAAAUUAAAUUCUUAAAUGGAGAAAUACUAAGGAUAACACAACAAUUCGAUACUGCUGUUAUGGAAAAUAAACAUUUACAAAACAGUUUAGCGGAUUCUAAUGGUGCAUUAAAGUUGACAAAAAUUGAAUUAGAGAAAUCGAAGAAAGAUGUAGAUGGUUUGAAGCAGCAACUACAGCAUUAUGUUGCAGAGAUCCGAAGGAUUGAGGAUCUGCUAUCACAAAAAGAAGCUGAAAGGUCUGAUAUGCUUGAACAUUUUGCUAGCCUCUCUGUAGAAGCCAAUAUAUUAGAAAAUACUAACCAUUCCUUAGAAAGCGAAUCAGCCUCUAAAUCGUUGCAGUUACAAACAUAUGUAAAUAAAAUACAAAAUUUGGAGGAAAAGCUAAUAGACAAAAAUAACAUAAUUGAAAGUCAAUUGGCUCGAAUCUCAGAAAUGACAUGUACAAUAAGCCAGUUAGAAAGUGAAAUAAAGUUAAUUACUGAAGAAAAAGUCAUUCUUGGGCAAAAUGUAUCUUACCUUAAGCAAUUGUGCAGUAAUCUGCAAGCAAAUAAAAAUACUGGUGGUAUAGGGAGCAGUGAUUCAGAAUUAAAAUUAUAUGAAAAUAGAAUCAAAACACUUUCAAGCUCUAAAGGUAAACUAGAAUCAGAAAAAGAACAACUAAAGGACAAUUUAUUGACUGCAGAAACUUUAUUAUCUAAUGCAAGAAGGGAAAUUGUAGAGUUGAAAUUGGCAUUACAAGAUGCAACAGCAGAAACUAAGUCAUUACAGGAACAUCUCAGACUAAACUCUCAGAAUGAAGACAUUGAAGAGAACAUCUUAUCACAGGAGAAGCUAGAGGUCCCUCUUAUAUUAGGAGAAACAAUUGAAGAAUUAAGUCAUGAAGAUGAUGACAGUGAUCACUAUCACCAUAGACAUUCAAAAUAUAUAUACAGUAGUACACUUUGAGUAAGGUAUUGGAGGUAUGAUGUAAAAAGAGCACUAACAGACCAGUGUAGUACAAUAUAAGCAAUGAUUGUUGUGCAAUAUAUUGUUAUUUAUUCAGAGUUAUAAAUGUUAAUCUUAAAGUCAACACAACAUAAAAAAAUCUGCAUGACACACUCAUUUGUAAUUGUAUGUUAUUAUAAAAAUUUGAAAGUGUUUUUUUUACAUUGAAUCAAUAUCAUGCUAACCUAAACAAAAGCAAUUGAUUAUGUAUUGAAUUUCUGAUAAUAUUAAUUAGACUUAAGUGACCAAACAUGUUUAUGUUUUUACUUGUACUAUGUAGUUUAUGAAAAUUGGUUGGUUAAUUUAUUGAUCAGUGGUAAUGGAAUAUGGAUAGACUAUGGAAUGUAUGUAAAUUAAACAUAAAGCAUUUAUUAAACACGAAUGAGUUAAU